CUGGCGAUCGGUGAAAGAACCAUGAUGACAACGGAAAGCAGAAUUGGCCUGGUGUUUUGACGGCACAUCUCAUCUGGACAGGAGAGAUGUGGUUGUAUGCUCGGUCAUUGACCGACCGCUCAUAGAUCUGGAGACUGUAGCGGCUAGUGGCAGCGAGCUGCAUCUCUUCUGUGGGCCUAGAUGCAAGCGGGUUUAUUCUGUUCAAUCCAGGAAAGUGUCUGGCCGAUCCCCACGUGAGGAGAGGUCAGAAGGUGUGAUUCGGGAAGGGGUUCUAUAAAAGCCUCGUAAAGCUUAGAUACCAAUGUCCAAGUCUGCCAAGCACAAUCUGCCUGCCACCAGUAUAAGCCUGCAGAUUUGGGAAGAUUCACAAGGGAGCCGGGAGGCGGAGGAAUGGAGUCAUAGGGCUUAGUAAGCUCAUCAUCGUGAAGUUUGAAUUCACUGAUAAUACUUGGAAGUUGGCUUCUGACAUUCGCAGCCAUGGCGUUCGUUGCCAAGACUGCAGUUCUCCUCCUCUUGUGGGGACUGCUUCUGUUCUGGACAAUCGAAUGGCUCAUAUUUCCCACGGAGCCAGGAAUGGAGUACAAGGCGGGAGCCAUUAAGGACACUCGAUCAGAUUUCUUGGACUUAAGUGGACCCUACUAUCUCAUGUACACUCUGCCCGUGUUCCUCUUUGCGACUCUUACUCUCGUUUACUUGGAGCUUCUACGAAAGUAUCCUGAGCGAGAGCAAAGGACCAGCGAGCUGCCGAAAUGGAGUCGAUUUUGGAAAAAAAUUUCAAAUGCCAUGUGGACACAGCCUAUCCUAGUGGGAACUCCGAUGGGUAUUUUGACAGGAGCCGAUUUGGCGUUAAUCACUGUUGUGGGCUUUGGUUUCCUUUGGUUGUUCUGCAACCAGCUGCUGCCUGCUCUUGACCUCGUCGAUCACACCCAGAUGAGGCCUGGAAGAGAAAGAUGGAUGAUAAAAGUGGGAAGAGUUGGAACUUGGACUGGACGCGCGUGGUACUUGCCCAUGGCCCUUUUGUUCUUCCCCAUUUCCAGGGCGUCUCCAAUUCUGCGACUGCUGAACAUGCCAUUCGAGCACGCUGUCCGAUACCACAGAUGGCUCGGUCACCUUUCCCUCUGGGUUCUGUUGACUCACUCCAUCACGUUUUCUCUCCACAUCUACUACACUGGAGGCCAAGUAGCCGAUGGAAUUUUCAAAUGGCCGAGAUUUGGUGUGUCCAACUUGGCAGGAGUAAUUGCCAUGAUAGCUGGAAUCGUCUUAUGGGUCACGUCCCUGGAAGUCGUUCGCAAGCGAUUCUUCGAUGUAUUCUACGUCACUCACCACAUGUAUCUUCUGGUCUUCGCCUUCGCCGCCUGGCACGUCGGAGAAUUCGCCUCCUACUACUUCCUGGGCUGUGUUAUGCUCUACUUCAUCGACCGCUUCCUGCGCAUGGUUCAGUCCCGAGACGCUGUGAGCGUUCUGUCUGCGCAGGUCCUACCCAGUGGGGUCGUCAGGCUCAGGUUCCCCAAAUCUCCAAGUCUGAGUUACAAAGCACUGGGAAUGAUCUAUAUCAACGUUCCGAGCGUUUCACGCUUUGAGUGGCACCCAUUCAGCACCACAUCCAGCUCCCUGGAGAACAGCAACGACAUGUCCAUAUGCAUCAAGCCACUCGGAGGAUGGACCCGCAGCCUGUUGGACUCUCUCACCGAGUCCGAACCCUCGAAGAACAAAUCUGGAGGCUGCCCCUUGCCACUCAAGCUAUUCGCCGAAGGUCCCUACGGUCCCGAGAGAGACUACUUCCUCAGGUAG